CACAACUCGUAUUUUUUUACCGUCACAGUUUCUUGCUUUUGUCUCGGGGACAUUAUUUUUUUAAAGUCUAGCUUGAUAAUGAAUUUAAAACUAAGCAUAAACGAAUAAAUUUUUAAUUUCGAAAGCAUAAAGGUCAACAAAGGAAGUUUGUAAAGUAAAGUCUAGUCCGUGGACGGGUAUAUAGGAAAGUGCUGUGCGUGGAAAAAAAUCUUUUUGUAAAUGUGCGGAAAUCGAGAGUGACGUAGUGCAGAAAAAUCAAAGAAAAGAUAAUAAGAAUCAGAAAAAUUUAAAUAAAUUGCAGUAUAUUGCAGAUUAUUGAUAUCGUGUUACUGCAGACAAGUAGAAUAAUAUAUUUUAUAUAGAUUUUGUAGCGUUAAAUUGUACGGAAAUAUUACAUAUUAUGAUUAUUUUAUAAUAUAUGUAAUAAGUGGAAAUUUUGUGUGGCAGCAGGGCGGCGACUGCAAAAAGCAGCGAUUAUGAGUUCCCGUAUAAAAACGGAUGUAAAAAAACUAUUCGAAUUUUGGUGUGAAGUCGCGCUCGUACAGAAUGCAGAUAAAGGGAGCACACCAACAGGCGGCAAUCAUACAUCUUCGUCAUGUGUCAUUGUCGAAAGCUUUCCAGAGGGAUAUCGCGACGAGAAGACAAUGGCUGAUAUACCCGCUUUCGCGUUUCCCUGCAAAAUCGAGGGUGACUCCGUGCAGUCUUACUCCUUCGUACUCACAACAGACGACUCAAAGUGGCGAUUUGGUUUCUGUCGACACGAUCCUAAGACGGAUAGAGCAAUGAUCAUAAUCACCUACUUGCCAUGGCACGACACAUUUUUGCGAUUAUUGACAUUACUCGCCGAACUGCGACGAUGCGAUGGCACCACAACAAUAACAACAACGAAUGUUGAUAAUUCCAACGAUGAAUUUCGUACUUUUCUCGCCGAGGCAUAUAAUCGCGGUGUGCCCGAUCCGGGUGGACAUUUGAAAUUAUUCUAUAGCGGCGGUCAAAAUUAUUUCGUGUUUGAGCGGCCGUUGCAUUUCCAAUUGCCCAGCAUACCCGCCAAUCACAAUUUAAAUCUGUAUUAUAAUUUUGUCGAUCCAAAGAACAUGAUUGCAGUAUUUGCAGCGAUGCUGGCGGAGCGACGAAUCAUUUUCACAUCGCGUCGUCUGGAUCGUUUGUCAUCGUGCAUACAAGCGGCGAAUGCGUUUCUAUAUCCUAUGGUGUGGCAGCACAUUUUUAUACCAGUGUUACCGAUGAAAUUGAAAGACUACUUGAGCGCACCCAUGCCAUAUCUGAUUGGCGUGCCGCAAACAGUACUUGAAACGAUGACACCCGAUGAGCUUGGCGAAGUUGUGAUACUUAACUGUGAUACUAAAGUCUUUCAAAGUCCCUUCGAUGAUGUACGCGAAAUGCCAGCUGAUAUUGUGUCACAAAUGAAGAAACAACUCAGCCACUCACACGAACAUAUUGGCGAUCGUGUUUCGAAAAUAUUCCUCGGUGUGUUAGUGCAGCUGAUAAGCGGUUAUCGCGACGCUGUAGAAUUCCGUGAAAAUGGCAAAACAUUUAACCGCGAUAAGUUUAUCGAAUCUCGUCCCAAACAUUUACGUCCGUUCCUUACGAAAAUGAUGGAAUUACAAAUAUUUCAACAAUUCAUUGAUGAACGUCUGCAAAUGCUCAACACCGGCUUAGGUUAUUCGGAUGAAUUUGAAUUGGAGACAGCGCGGUAUGCAGAGAAGAUGAAGAAACGACGACAUUACGAAUUUCUGAACAAUGUUAAGGAAAAGUACAAUGCGACGAAUCCAGCCGUAAAGUCUGCUGUGAAAUCGGUCAAAGAGGGUUCACGCGGCGUCAAGAGCGCAUAUAAAGACUUAAAAUCUAAAUUACGCGAUAUUACACCACCAAAUAGCUCCACAACUCACUUCCGUUCGCAUCUCACAUCCAACUCGCAACACGAUCGCAUUGACGGCACCAGUAUCGGUAGUGGCAGUGCUUUUGGUGUUGGUUUUGGUUACGGCAAAACUAAAUCGAUUGGCGGUCAUCAUUCAGCACCGAGUUCACCGAUUUUCAGCAAUAAACGUGUUACCGCAGCUGCAGGAGUUACGUGUGGCGCAAAUCAGCAAUCAACGGGUGCUGCUUCCUUUCAAUACGCUCGGCCGGAGGAUUUGAAUGGCUCCAACCAGUAUCUACGGCGUGCCACGCCUUUGGCUAUGUCCAGCUCGAGUGCGCACAUACAGUCGAACGGUUUUGCGGGCAUUACGCAUGGCACUGCUCAUCUUGCUGCUCAUUUGGCUCCGUCUCCAACUGUUAGCCCAGCGAGCUCGCUCUGUUCGUCGGAGAUGAAUUUAUCACAAGAACUACAAAAUCAUCCGUUAUUUCAACCACCAAUUGUGGAUCGUAGCCUUAAGCCCAGCAUGAGCUUAGAUUCGAACACUCACCAAACUCAUCCACAGCAUCACAACAAUCAUCAUCACCAUCGCUUACAACAAAAUCAAAGCUCAGCGAGUAAUAAUCAGCACCAGCAAGCUCGCCAGCGGCAGCAAAACGCCCAACAACAGCAGCAACAUCAACAUCAAAGACUCACAGCCACGCGUACAGGUGGCCCACCACCAGCAAGACCACCGCCACCAGCCGCACACUUGCUACAAUCAUUAACUGCUGGUGGACCAACAAAUGCAAUGCACACUGCAACAGCCAACCCACCAGUGUCCUAUUACAAUCAUCCACAAGUGCGACGUCAACUAACGGCACUCACAUUACAUCCAUAUAUAGAAACGAAGCCACCGCCGGUACCUCAACCGCCUACAAGGACUGUAAAUGAUGAGGAGGGCUCAAAUGCAGUAGAAACCAGUUCGGUGGCAAUGCCACAGACCGCAAAGCGCGCAUCGACCCUCAAUAGAAUAGUGUCAUCCGAUUUUAUUUAUGAUAAACCACCAGAUAUGCAAUCGCCACCAAUACCACCGAUACCACCGCGACGUCAAUGCACCGGGGAGAAUGUUGUUGGCGAGAGCAGUGCGGAAAGUGCAUACUUGACAUGCAUACGUGCGCCGCCAGCUCAUACAACUUCCACUGGUUCGAAGGCUACUACUGUCGGUGGUAAUGCGAUCGCUAUGGCCGCUGCAGCCGUACACGCGGGUAUACAGCGUUUGGAGCAUAAUUGCUGGCAAGAUUACGCCGAACGCAGUUUACUGCAACAUGAUGCGCUGCGCAAUUCGUCGUCUUCCAAUGCAUCCAACACAUCGGUAUCAUCAUCAUCGUUUGAUUCGAGUUGCGGUUCAUUUGUAUCGGCUGCAUCGUCGUCAUUCUUUCAUCAGGCACGGUCGUGUGAUUAUGACUCAACGAGAACAACAACACCAGCAGCUGAGACAGAGGCAGUGACAGCAUCUACGGAGACAACACCAGUGCCGGCGCCGCGGCAGAAAAAAGAGCAGUCUUUGCGUUCACUUCAGUCCCAACAUCUACCAGUGCCGGAGUUAUCGCUCAAAUCUGCCGCACCAUCGUCAACAUCCUCGCAGGAGGACACCAUGAACGAUCUAAUAUCAUUGGACGACAGUACGAAUACAAGCUUCGAUUUAGAAGAUUUCGAUCCACUAAAUCAGAAUGCACGACCGCUACCGUUGCGUAAUGGCAUGGCCAACACUAAUAGCAGUGCCAAGACGAAUGGUUUGAAAUCAACCACCUUGCCUGCCAAUACCAACACAUUGGGCAACACUCCCGCCGCCAGUAGUAGUAUAAGCAAUCCGUUGUAUCCUUACCACACGCCCCAACAUUCACGAUCUCCACAUAUGCGUGCACAGCCACAAACACGUGCACAUACAUCGGUGCAAUUGCAGCCGCCAACGGUAAAACCACCACCUCUACCAACCAGCAAGCCACCACCAAUGCCAGCACCAGAUGAGGAUUUUGAAUUGUUGCGCAAAUAUGGACUUGAUCAAUUCUCGUUGACCACAGCGACCACACUAACAACUGCAACAACGACGGCAGCAAAUGUUGGCGGCACCAGCAAUGGCAUCACUGGUGGCGGACUCGCCGGUACCAAUUGUGGUAUGCGCAAUUGGACUACCUUCGAUUGAGCAGCGGCUGUUGUGAAUGAACCGAUAAUUCUUUACUUCCCUACUUUACAUUCGAUGGCGAGUGUAAUUUUGGUAGUGAUUAUUGCUUAAAAUAUAAUUAGAUUAAUAUUUGCUGUACUCGUAAAUUUAAAUGUAUGUAGAAGCAAUGCAUUUUUCUCUUUUGUAUAUACCAGUUGAUUGCUUUAUACUCGUAAGAACGCGCUGAUGAAUCACAUAUAGUGAUAUUAUAGUGUAUGUAUGUACGCAGUAAAAUGUCAGGUACAUGCAUAUAUAUAGAUAUUUGGAGUAUUAAGGAGCACGAAAAUGAAACAUAUUCAUAAAACUAUAUAUUUUGUAAUAACAAUAGUUGUACGUAAUUAUGUAUUGUACUAGAUGUAAAAGCGCUGUGAUGAUUGGCAAAAAUAAACAAAUAAUAUAUAUAUCUAAAUAAACAUAAACAAAUAACAAUAUACAUACAUAUGUAUAAUUCUAUAGCGCAAAAUAAAAGUUUUAUCAAGACUAAUAUCGUUUUUAAAGAAAAUAUCAGUUGAAUAACAGCAUAUUUAGGUUGUAUAAAAUUCGAAAAGAUGCAGCGUAAGACAUUAAAUCCUAUUGUAAUGAUAAAACAUGCGAGCAAGCUAAUGUAGCUAUAGAUUAAGAAAUUCAAUCUCCAUUCUUGGCGAUUAGUCGAUGUCUAUAGUUGUCAAAUAUUUUUUCAAGUGCUACGCAAAAAGAGAAAGUGAAAGAUAAAAAAUAUUUAAUUCUUGUUCAAUAUACAUAUAUAGAUUUUAAUAUAGCCAAUAAUUUGAUAUGAAAAAAUGAGUUCGAAUUUGCAAAUGUAAAAAUACUAUGAAACAAUUGUCUCGUUAUGUGACUCCAUUUGACUGUAAAGAGUUUGUCAAAACUAAUACAAGUUUUCAAUUUGCCAACAUUUGUGCAGUAAGUGCGAGCCACCAAUAAAAAAAAUACCACUUCGAAGUGUUAUCUAAGAGAGUUGUA